UUGAAUCGAAGUUCGUUUCUAUGCAAGUUUUACGUUCAGGCAAUCCCAAAUCUGAGGUACACUGCUAAUUUUGGUGGGCAAAAAGUGCACUAUACUCUCUAUGAGACAUUCUACAAAUGCAAGAAUGGAUAUGCCUUUUUCGACUCCUUGAAUGGAUCCGAUGUAAUGGCCGCCAAGCAACUUCGUCAGGGUGCUGUAUUUCGACGUCACGGCAUUUCACGUAUAGUACGCAACUUCCAUGUGGAUAGGCUAUUCAAGCAGUCCAUCAGCAAAGCAAUUCAGGCUUUCAAAGAAACGAACGAGGAUCUCGUCGACCUUUUGCCACAGAUCAGCAAUAUUAGAUGGAUUUCAAAUAAGGAUCUUUGGAAGCUCAUCACAGUCGCUCCCCUAUUCCUAGCACGCAUCGAAGAUUUGAUUGCUGAAUUAGAAAAAGCUGAGAAAAUGGUGGGAAGUGAAGUAAAUUCAAUGUAA